AUGCCAUCUUUUUUAUAUUGUAUUAUUCCAUGUCUCUCAUCUUUUUUCUUUCUUUUUCAUUCAACCUUCUCUCUUUUUAUAAUUUAUUCUUUCACCUCUCUCAUCUUUUUUCUUCCUUUUCCUUUUUCUGUCUUUCUUUCUUUUUGCUUUUAUUCCUCAUCUUUCUUGCUUCCUUUUGUCUCUUCUUUCUUUUUUCUUUCUUUCUUAUUUUGCAUUCUCUCUUUUUUAUAUUUCAUUCUUCCACUUCUCUCAUCUUUUCUUCCACUUUUCUUUCUUUCUUUUUUAUUUCUUUCUUAUUCCACUUUCACUCUUUUUAUAUUUCAUUCUUUCACCUCUCUCAUCUUUCUUCUUUCCUUUUCUUUUUUCUUUCUGUUUUUCUUUCUUUCUUUUUGCUUUCUUUCCUCAUCUUUCUUGCUUCCUUUUCAUUCUUCUUUCUUUCUUUCUUAUUUUACAUUCUCUCUUUUUUAUAUUUCAUUCUUCCACUUCUCUCAUCUUUUUUCUUCAUUUAACAUUCUCUCUUUUUUAUAUUUCAUUUUUUCACAUCUUUCUUCGUUCAUUUUCUUUCUUUCUUUCUUUCUCAUUCUACAUUCUCUCUUUUUAUAUUUUGUUCUUUCACCUCCCCCACUUUCUUUCUUUCUUUCUUUCUUUCUUUCUUUCUUUCUUUCUUUCUUUCUUUCUUUCUUUCUUAUUCUGCAUUCUCUCUGUUUAUGUUUAUUUCUUUCUCUCCGGUGUUAUGUCACCCUAUGA